UUUUUUUAGUAGAGAUGGGUUUUUACCAUGUUGGCCAGGAUAGUCUCGAUCUCUUGACCUCGUGAUCUGCCCACCUCGGCCUCCCAAAGUGCUGGGAUUACAAGCGUGAGCCACCGCGCCUGGCCGUGUCUUGAGUAUUUCUAAGAAGAGAGAGGACUGUGCUUACUAGGGCCCACCAUAUGUCUGUAUGUCACACAGGGGACCCCUUUCUGUGUUAGAGCUUGCCUUCCUUACCUGUGUUUCCUGAAAGGGAAACAACCUCUUAGGCUGCUUUUUGUUAGAAGGGAAUUCUGCCAAGGACCCUUGCCCUAACUAUUUACCUAAUUGAUUUCUCUCUCUCCUCUCACAUUGAUGCCGGCCUGGCUGGAGCAGGUAGAGUUGGAAGUAGCAUUUUUGCAAGGACAUCUCUUCAGCCUCUGUAGAUUUUCACUUAAAGUCAUUUGGAGCAGGUCGGAAGCUAGGUUUUUUUUGGGGGGUAGCCAGUAGAGCUAAAGUGGUUAUGUAUGUUUCCUGCCUUCCUUCUUUCCACUUCUACAUGCAUUUUCUUGCUGUGCAGAAACUGUUUUGAGAGUGCAGACCCAAAACUGCAGAAAACCUGUUUUGGGAGUGGUGUCUGGGCACUGGCCUGGAAGCCAGCCUUGCAGACUAAGCAUGGCAGGGCUCAGGGUCUUCACGCCCUGGGAAAGGGAGGUUCCUUGCAGCCUCCAAAGGGGCCCUCCCGAGACCUGGGCAGUGCCUCUCUUUUUCCAAUAUAAUUGACAGAUGAAAAGCUGGAUAUAAACCAGAACUGAGCUCAAAGGUGAUUAGAUAUUUUACACCAGGAUUUUGAGCUUUUUGUAAGAUUUUACUGUAAAAUUAUUGCCUUUGGUUACCUUAAUAUGUACUUGAAAUAUGUCUCAUUUUGUGCUGGACGUGGUGACUCACACCUGUAAUCCUAGCACUUUGAGAAGCCAAGGCAGGCAGAUCACCUGAGGCCAGGAGUUCAAGACCAGCCUGGCCAACAUGGUGAAACCCCAUCUCUACUAAAAAUACAAAAAUUAGCCAGGUGUGGUGGUGCAUGUCUGUAGUCCCAGCUCUUCGGGAGGUUGAGGCAGGAGAAUUGCUUGAACAUGGGAGGCGGAGGCUGCAGUGAGCCAAGAUCGUGCCACUACACUCCAGCCUAGGUGACGGAGCAGACUCUGUCUCAAAAAAACAAAAACAAAAACAAAAAAACACCUCCCUAUAUAUCUCUAUCUAGCUAUCUAUGUCAUUUUGUUUGUGUGAUAGCUUUUCAGGACCAUGGUGACUGGAUAAAUCAGGUUCUGCCCUCCGUCUCCCCAUUUCCGGGUGGCUUCUGCCUAUUCAGUCCUGACACUGUUAUAAUGCCAUUUUAUUGUUUAGACAUUUGUAUGUAAACAAAUCUUGACCACUGGAAUAGUGGAAGGGGAUUCUCUUCUGGGGAGAAGGAGGAGGCAUUCAACCUGUCAGCAAGCAAAGGAGCUGGGCAGGGCCUGGAAACCAGGAGACCAGGUUUUGGGAGACCCAGGGCACAGGGUAGCCAGAGCAGGGACCCACAGGCCUGAGUGCUCCUCCAGUCCCUUAUAUGAGCAGGGCUUACAAGGCCAAAAAGACAUAUCUAGCGGUGCUUGUUUGCAAUUUCUGAAUUUGAAGACUGAGUAACGAAUAUCAGAGUCCUGCGUUUUGCCCUCUUGGGGUCUUGCUGCCCAAAGUGAGAUCAGAGGAGCACUUUGGAGGCUUGUUGGAAAUGCAGAAUCUUACCCUCCCAUACUGGCUGUAUCUGACAAGGUUUUCAGUGAUUCCCGUGCACUUGUGGAGAAUCACAGGUCUAAUGUGUACCAACGGGGAAAAAGAAGGGAAAUUUACAGGGGCAGGAGCGCAGGAUGCUCUCCUGGGACUGCAGAGAAGUUCUGAGAACCUGACUUUGUGGUCCUCUCAUAGAUUUAUGGGUUUGUUCUCUGGGCUCAAAAUUAUAUCCCAGGAUUGGGAGAGCAAUUUUACAGUAGGGACUUCUGCUUCUGGAUCAUCCUUGGGUCAGAAAACACACAUAUCUGGGUACGGUGGCCCACACCUGUAAUCGCAGGACUCUGGGAGGCAGGAAGAUUGCUUGAGCUCAGGAAGUCAAGACCAGGCUGGGCAACAUUGCGAGACCCUGUCUCUAUGAAAACAAAAAAUUAGCUGAGCGUAGUGUUGCAUGCCUUUAGCCCCAGCUACUCAGGAGACUGAGGUGGGAGGAUCACUGUAGCCCAGGAGUUCAAGGCUGCAGUGAGCCAUGAUGGCACCACUGCACACCAGCUUGGGCAACAAGAGAUGCUGUCUCUUAAACAACAACAAACAAAACAAAAAAACCUCAUAUAACAUAUAACCCAAAGAUAUUAAGGCCAAAUGUAGUGGCUCACGCCUGUAGUCCUAACACUUUGAGAGGCUCAGGUAGGAGGAUCUCUUGAGCCCAGGAGUUCAAGACCAGCCUGGGCAACAUAGUAGUCAUCUCUACUAAAAAUAAAAAUAAAAUUAGCUGGGUGUGGUGAUUGCACACCUGUAGUCCCAUCUACUCAGGAGGCUGAGGGGGGAGGAUCGCUUGAGCCCAGGAGGUUGAGGCUGCAGUGAGUUGUGAUCGUGCCACUGCACUCCAGUGUGGGCAACAAAGCAAGACCCCAUCUCAAAAAAAAAAAAAAGAUAAUAAGCAAUAGAAUCUAUCCAUAACUUCAUCCGUCGAAUUGCUGUAGCAGCUGUUUCAAUAUUUCUACCUAGAAUGAAAUGGAAGUGCUGGUGAGAAAGGGAAGUACUGCUGGAGCCUUGCGCUCAGCCAGAGCUCUGAGGAGACCCCCCACCUCGUGGCCCCUUUGAUUUUCUCAGCCUUUGGGCUCUCCAGAGUCCGUCCCUCCCUGCCCUGGCUCCAGCGUGGCACACAUUUUCCCUACCCUGGAGGAUUGUGCUAAAGGCCUGCCACGAUGACCAUCAUGGUGGAGGACAUCAUGAAGCUGCUGUGCUCCCUUUCUGGGGAGAGGAAGAUGAAGGCGGCUGUCAAGCACUCUGGGAAGGGUGCCCUGGUCACAGGGGCCGUGGCCUUCGUCGGGGGUUUGGUGGGCGGCCCACCGGGACUCGCCGUUGGGGGGGCUGUCGGGGGGCUGUUAGGUGCCUGGAUGACAAGUGGACAGUUUAAGCCGGUUCCUCAGAUCCUAAUGGAGCUGCCCCCUGCCGAGCAACAGAGGCUCUUUAACGAAGCUGCAGCCAUCAUCAGGCACCUGGAGUGGACGGACGCCGUGCAGCUGACCGCGCUGGUCAUGGGCAGCGAGGCCCUGCAGCAGCAGCUGCUGGCCAUGCUGGUGAACUACGUCACCAAGGAGCUGCGGGCCGAGAUCCAGUAUGAUGACUAGGCUGCGCCUCUGGGGAGGUGGGGGGCCCCUUUAGAUGACUCCGUGACUCUGAAGAGGUGGCUUGGGAGUUGGGAGAAGCCCAGUGGAUGCCCCUGGGGAAUCUCCACGUCAUCAGUGUAUUACUGGCAACGUCCUGCUGGAGAGGCCACUGCCAUGCAGUGUCACGUUCCGGAUAUUACUGAUGAAGCAGCAUGUGUUGGUGGCAUGUGCACUGGCAUGACAUGACAGCCCUCUGACUGGCCACCCGGUGAAGAGUAAAGGCCUGCCUGCCACAGGCUUCGGAGGCGUCUGCUGAGUCCUCGCCCAUGUGGGUCUGGGGAAGUGAUCAUGCUCAGCCGACAGUGUGACCACACUUCAUCCUCCCCCCGGGGCCUUCUCAUCUUGGGAGAUGACUCCUCUUCCGAGCACCUGCUGCAGAACUGGAUCCCACCCCCCUGCAGGCCCUGGGGUCUCAGGGCCUUGGAGCAGCUCAUGCUGGAAUCAUGUUUACCUCCUAGUGCAGCCGUCCCCUACCCAGGGACUGCCGAAUGGCCCCGUGGAGGGGACGGGCGGCCUGCUGAGUGAAGCCUCAAAUACCGAGUGGACUUGACCCCGGCCCCCACUAGGCUGCACACCUAGACUCGCCCUGCCAGGGCCUUGCUCUUCCUAUCUGAAAAGUCAUGGUAGUUCUUGAGGUUUACUUCUCAAAUGAAAUAUUUUUAGUAAAAAGUACAGGCAUAUCUCGGAGAUAUUGUGGGUUCAGUUCCAGACCACCUCGGUAAAGCCAACAUCACGAUAAAGCAAGGAAGCACAUUGUUUUAGUUUCCCAGUGCAUCUAAAAGUCAUGUUUACUGCAUAUUGCAGUCCAUUAAAUGUGCAAUAGCAUUACGUCUAAAAAAUGUACAAACCUUAAUUUAAAAAUAUUUAUUGUUCAAAAUGCUGACACAGAAACGCAAAGUGAGCACAUGCUGUUGGAAAGUGGUGCCAAAUAGACUUGCCUGACGCCAGGCUGCCACAAACCUUCAAUUUAAAAAAAAAACACAGUAUCCACAAAGCAUAGUAGAAUGAGGUAUGCCUGUAUUGCUCUUUCUGAAGUGGUGUGAUAUAAACCAUCUCUAAGAAAUGUUUCUACCCUAAAGAUUUCCCCAGUACAGUCAACUCUCUGUAACUGUGGGCUGCACAUUUAGAUCCAACCAGCCUUGGAUAGAAAAUAUUUGAAAAAAAAAAUUGCGUCUGUACUGAACACGUACAGACCUUUUUUUCUUGCCAUUAUUCCCUAAACAAUAUGGUGUAGCAUAUUUACAUAGCAUUUAUAGUGUAUUUGGUAUUAUAAGAAAUCUAGAGAUGAUUUAAAUUAUACAGGAAAGUGUGCGUAGGUUAUAUGCAAACGCUGUGCCAUUGCCCAGCAGGGACUUGAGCAUCCUCAGAUGUCGCUGUCUGAGGGUUGAGGUUGCAAUCCUGGAACCCAUCCCCCAUGGAUACUGAGGCAUAGCUGUACUGUGUGUUUUCACUUUGCUUUCAGAACUACAACUUGAAUGUGAUCGAUUACAAUAAAUGUUUUUCUAAAAAGCCA